AUGCCUCGCCCCUCAAGUUCGGCCAAGCGUCACCCAGGAGCAGCCAGCUCGCGCGACAGCCGCCAUGAAAUUGGCUCGGUAGGCCCAGGCAAGCGUGUGGCAAGGAACAAAAGCCAGGUCCAAGGCCAGAAUCAGAACCAGAACCAAGGGCAGCUCAAUGGGAGCGCAGUCGAAAAGGCUGCUACCUCUCCCUCUGCCGCUGCUGCUGACAGCUCCUACUCGGUUUCGUCUUCCUCUGUGCCUCCGUCGCCCGCCUCAGCUGCUGCCGUCGCAAAUGCCCCGCCCUCGGCCUACCUCUUGCCAGACGACAUGUCCUCCGACCGCAAGCUGGCUGAUGGAAUUCGCAGGGGGUCGCUAGCCACCACUUACUCCGACUCCUCGGCUGACUCCCUCCUCGACGCCCACGUUCCUGCGGCUGCACACUCUGUUCCUGAGGAGACGACGCACCGUCGCAUCGAUGUCAACGACGCAAAGAAUACGAACGUGCAUCGCGACCCAGGGCCUCUCGAUUUUGCCGUCACUGUUCUCCGUGCUUGCCCCCUGCAGGACACCAUCGCCAUUCUUAUCAUUCUAAUGCAGGCGUCCCCUACUGUCCUGGCCACCAUCUACAUGCUCUUCACCUUUCUGACCUUUGUCCCGCCUGUCACGACCAACUCCGGCCUCAGCAUCACCGAAAUUUUUGAUGGAAGCCAGGGAACUCCGUCCCUGUCCACGUUGAUAGUUAUGGACUUCAUCAUGUUGGGUAUUUGGGUUUUUCUCUGGGCCCCUAUGCAGCAGUUCAUACUAGAUUUGGCCCAGGUAGUUAUAUCUCUGACCCUAGGCGGCGGCGGCACAUCCAAUCGUGGCACUACCAGCAACAUCCUGCUCUGCGUCCUCAUUGUUGGCGUUUCCCACUGGACCCAUUAUUCCCGCUGGAAUGGUUUAUCCCGAGUUUCUUCCCUUUUUGGUUCCAGCCGUUUUUUGUCUUCCAAUGACGAACCGGUGCGGCCAUUGGAGCGGAAGGGAACUUAUGGUUGGGUUAGGAGCAUCCUAGCAAUCCACAUCCUUACUCAGGGGCUCGUCCGAUGCAUCCGGGAAUGGUAUUUGCGUAGGGAGCGCCGCGACCAGCAAUUGCAGGGCCUGUUUGACCCCGAAGCAGGAAAGCUGGCGGCAUUUUCGCCCGAUGGCUGCUCUGAUGCUGCUUUGAUGGCAGCGGAGAGCGAGGCUCACCUACAAGCUAGUGCCGCUCACCUGUCCAGCAAAAAGAGGCGGAAGCAAAGUGCUCAGGUCCGCGUCCGGCAACCGCUCUGGGCUGCUCUUGCCAGUACAAAGAUCGUCAUGGUUAAGGAGUACGAGCUGUCGCAUGCUGCAAGUGAGUCAGCCGGCUCCAAUGCAACCGACAUCCAUAACCUUGGCAAUGCACCCUUUAACACUCAGCCUGAGCAGAUUUGGAUUUGCUACGUUGGGUGUGAUGAGGUUUGUUUUAAUACCAGUCACUUCCCUCAUCAGAGCGACUAUGGAGAAAUCGUGACGGAGGAUAAUAAGCCGGGAAUCGACAUGUCAAAGCCUUUUUAUGUCCGAGUCAACAAUGCCAUUUGGCAGCCAACGCGCAUUAUUCCCCUCGAGGACGAUGAGGAAAGGAAAUACCAAGGCACGCGCUGGACGGGUGACAUAUACGGACUAACUCCUCUGUCCAAUUAUGAGUUCGAGUUUGUCAGCACACGGACUGGCGAGAUCAUCUUCUCAACCAGCGUGCGGACCAUUCAGGCCAAGAAUAAAGAUCCCGAGACGGCCCCCAAAACGGCCCCGAGCAACUCGCGAACAUUGGCUCGCCACGACUCUCCUGUCACUACUCUGCGGGCCUCCAUUGCCGCAGCUGAACUGAAGCUUGCUGACGAGAGAGCUCGUCUCAAGGCUGUUCGAAGAGAGAACAACCGCCGACUGAACGCAGCUCGCAAGGAGAUCGAGAAGCUCACUUCAGCCGUUCAGUCGGCAGGCGGCGACGACGAAAAGUUACGGCAGAAGAUCGCGCAGAACAGGAUCCAGGAGAAGCGCGCUGAGGAAUCAAUCAGCGAGCUGGAGACAGAACUCAAGGAGCUAGAGACGGUUCCCGAAGAACUGCUGGCAAAACACCGGGCCAGUCACGAUGCCUGGACCUCGGAAAAGGCCCGGUUCGAUCAAGCCCGUGCCAACUUCAAAAACUUCAAGCAGGCCAUCGACAAGCAGAUUAAGGCUCUUGAAGAGGAGAGGGCCAGCCUACAGGCGAAGCGCAACAAGAUCGCUACCCGUAUUGCCAAGGUCGACGAUGAACAUGCUCGCAUCACUGACGCGAAUGCCAAAGGGCUGAACGAAGCCGAGCGUCGCCGGCAAGAACGCGCGAACCUCGAAGCUGAGCUUGCUCGUGCCGAGCAGAAUCUCCGUGACCGUAUCCAGUCCAUUCGCUCCAGCAACCUCAACAAGCAGGUCCAACUGCAUGAUAUGGCGGCUCAGAUGCAAGCCUACUUGGCCAGUUUCCAGGACGAUCUCGCCGCCUAUGACGUCGCUGGUCAUUAUCCCGGUGCCUCUGGGCAAGUUGGCCCUUGGCACUCCUCCGCCCCAGCUCCAACCGGCGCAUAUCCUGCCACGUCUGGUCCCGUUGGCCCCUGGCCGCCCGUCACGAUGGCUCCUUCACAAUAUCCUUUCGCGAACUCAAUCCAGCCCUCUCCUGCACUUGCUAACAGCGCCCCUGCUCUCAAUUCAACCCCUCCGCCGCAGCACCGCAGCCGUGGCCGCUCUUCAUCCAUGCUCAGCUCUGUCUCUGGGUUCACGCAGUCUACAGAUGAGGAUACCGAUCUUGGCGCAAUUGGUAGCGGUCGUGGCGCCGGCACUCGUGCGAUGGCUACGGCGUCCGUCACCGCUACGUCAAAUGCUAAUUCUACCGCCAGCGUUAACAUCAAUAUCACCCCCGGGGCUGUGCGUAGCCUGCCCCCCGGUUUGUUCCCCCCUCUGCUGGCUUCGGGAUCUGGUUCUGUCCCAGGGCUGCUGAAGACGCCUGGGUUUGGGUCUACCGGGUCUGUUGGUUCAGUUGCCUCGACUGGGUCUGCUUUCGGAUCAGGAUCUGCCUCUGUGUCAGGAUCCGGGUCUGGCUCAGGCUUAGGCUCUGGGCGCAGCAGUGUGCGUUCUCGGGGUAGUGGCAGCGGAGCUAGUUUGGAGGGUGCUGAGGCUGUUGUUGGCAUUACAUCCGCUGCUGCAAGUGCGGAAUCCUAG